AGUAUGUGGGGUGAACAAAUUCAACGGAUUAUCUCAUAUAUUUUUUGUCAUUGCCUCCAAACAGUUUGAAAUAAAACAAUCCUGUUCGAAAACAUUGUGAAAAUUAUAGUAGAUCCUCCCAGUAACAAAUAAUCCCCCGAAUUUUCAGACCCACAAGAUUUCGGUUCGAUAAGUGCCUCUUAACCAAGCCGGAUAAUGACUUCCUCCGGAAAAACCGGCGGCUGGAGUGCUGCAACGCUUGCAACUCCUCGAGGUCGAGGCAACACCAUCUCCGGGGUGACAGUCCGGGCCAAGUUGGUGACGGAUCCUCUAUCGACCCAGUCCGCGGGAACACGCAAGGCAGUUCACGGCGGAGCGGGCGAUGGAGGCGGCACCGGUGCGGCUUCAAAGCAGCCAGGUCGGCGCCAGGUCAAGAACACUCCCCCCGCACAGUUGGUUCACUCCACCAUAACGUCGUCCCUGAGGGCCAAGCAGCAGCGGGAUCAAGCUGCCCAGGGGAAGAGUCAAGCAUCCACUUUCCCAUCGACGAGCACCGAGGCUGAGGUUAAGAAAACAACCAAGCAGCGGGUGAUGACCCAGGCAGCCAAACAGGCGGCACGGGCGCGUCUCUGGCCAAAUAGGCAGCCGGCCGGUGGCAAGGUCUCCUCCAAUCAGCGCAAGGAGAUGCCAUCGACAGGUGUUUCAGAACGCACGGCUCAGGAAGAAUUCGAGAUGCUGCUGGCGGAGGAGGCCAGGGCCAAGGAGGAAGAGGCCAAGGCACAUGAGCUACUGGAGACGGGCAUCCAGACCAACGAGGCUGAGAUCCUUGACCAUCGCUUGCUGCUUGGCUACGUUAAGAUGGUGAGUCCGUCGACGCAGCUGGUCCAGCAGAUCGAUCGGGAGCGACGCGAACAAAAGGCUCGGAAUGACCGCAUAGCGGCGCGUCGGUUCGCUAUCCACGAACAGGACGAGGAGCUGCAUCUGGACGAGCUGAGGGAGUUCUCCGAUAGGAAUGCCGUCACAAAGCGAGCACCGAAGAAGUUGCCGCCGAUCUCGUAUGCCACCUACGACAACCAGUACCAGAAUGUCUUCAAAUCAAUGGACGAGUUCUUCAGCCGCGAGGUGCCCAAGUCGGAGCCGGUGGCCAAUAUCCAGGAGCGCAUUAAACGCAAGGAGCAGGAGCUACUGAGUCUGUUCGAUGGCGUUGAGGGGAAAGAGUAAACCCAAGUUCGAUUCGAGACUUGUAAGACAAUAUUUAAAAUUUUUUGUGGACUGUAAUGUGUAUUAAUGUUAAAUUUUAGAACUUAAAAAAGGAAGAGUAAAA